AUGGAUGCAUGUAAGUUUUUCCAACACUACACCGAGGCAUCAUGCAAAAAGGCGAUGCUGUCAAUGUCCUUUAUCAAAGACCUAAUGCCUAUAGGGUCUGGUAUGGAUGUAUUAACAGCCAAAAUCAGUUCUAACGAGAAUCGCGCUGUCACCUAUCAGAUUCCGAUGCUUCAGGACCAUCGAUCCACCCAGGGAUGUAUUCCGAUCGUGGAUGAUGGGAAUGUUCUACUGGCUAUGGCCUGGACCACACCGGGACACGGCGGAAGUCAAAAGAGAAUCUUGGGUGACAAUCAGGAACCAGCACGAAUGCGAAUAUGUCGAUCUGGCCCAACGAUCCAAAGAGAGUGGGCGGGCAAGGCCCUUGGUUGGAGUCCGCGAACUGUGGGCUCGAUAAGGGACAUCUCCCGAUCGACCCAGACAUCGGCCCUUAUCGCCGAUCAAUGGAAGGAGGGAAUGUAUGCCAUUGUAAUAUUUUUUUUUGAACCGACGAUCUCAGGUCUCAAGUAG